CCUCAGCCAACGACUAGAUGUAGGCUGUGUAAACUGGUUUCUUCUUCCUGUUGCAGUUCACAAGCAGAGCUGCGAGGGACAAAAGCAAGAUGAAUCUUUACAGCAGCUUUGGAAACCUCAUGGAGGCUUGGGUGACUAAAGAAAACCAGAGUCUGGAUUCAGCAUGGCUUGGAAAUAAUGAUGAAGAUCCUACUACACCUUCCACCGACGGGGGGACAAACCUGCCCACAGAAUCAGAGGACUCCGGAGUGGAGACAGCCAGCUCUGUUACGUCCUUUACUGCUACAUUCUCCUCUGUCUUUAUAGAUAAUGCAGAAAUGGACACAUUUGCACCAAAAACAGAAGUAGAUGGACUCACUCCAUCCUUAACAUCACAGUCUCCUGUGUCUUCCUCAUCCCCGCGCCUCUGUCCCAGCAGAGCUCAGGAGGACUCCACAGCCUUGCACUUAAAAGUGGAGCAAGCACUACAGAAGGUUGAAGCGAAAUGUCCAAAGAACAACCGAGAGCCCGUGACAGUGAAUGGAAUGCUCAGGCAACCACCUCAAGCAUCUUUUUUACCUAAAAGGCACACAUCGGACUUAGUCCUUAGAGGUCAAAGGUCAGAAAGUUUUAGCCUAAGGAGGACAGUUAACCCAUCAGUGUCCAUGAGGCAGAUGUCAGAAAUGAGGCGGAUGUUCAUGACUUGUGAUGAGCAGCUAGCUCAGAAAAGAGCGGAGGACCGUGGUGAGGAGGAGAGGAACGGACUGAGUCCUGGGUUCUGCUACUUGGAGCAUGUGUGCCAAAAAUUAGAAGAAAUUGCCAGAAAACAGAUGCACAGUCGAGCGUUACAGAUGGAGACUGAUGCCCGGUGGGAGCCUCAAGACAUGGAGGCUCUCGACACCUGUCAGAGUGACCUUAAAGCUGCUGAGGAGGCCGUGUCUUCUUGUCAGAUUCCUGAAGAUACAGAAAGUGCAGAACACAGUGAACCCCGGCAGCGUAAUCCUUACAGACAUUUUCGACAGAGAUCAGCUUCAGACACAAAUAUCACAGCAUUGCAAUUUAGAAGGUUGAAUGCAGACUGCAGAGGGCAGCAUCUGACAGAUGACCUGCUGGAGAAGGCAGAGGAAGGCCAUGAAAUUCAGGAGAAUGAAAAAAAGGAGACGAGUAAAACUGGAAGGAACUGGAAAUUAAAAUUUGGGUCUUUGAGAAAAGAGCCUGCAGUGGGCGAUACAAAAGGUCAACAGAUGCAUUCAUCUGAGAAAAUCUCGGCCCGACGACGGCUGAGCCAGCUGCUCAGGAGGAGUAGGAAAACGCCGCCUGUGUCAUGAUGUUUGGACAUUUUAGUUUCAGUUCUGAAGAGGAGGAAGCUUUCCUUUAAAGGUCUUAGCACUGUUGCUGCUUUCAAAUUGACUUCCUGUUCAGCCCAUGGGAUUUAGCAAUCUGCCAUGUUUAUUUAUUGUCUGCUGUGUACUUGCCUUUAUUUUUACGCUUAUAAAUGAUGUCAUUUUCUGUGAAACUGUGAUGGAAUGUCACUGUCAUGUAAUGCUACAGUACUGCAAAGCUUGAUUUUUUACAAUAUCAAAUGUGUAUUUGUGAUAAGCUGCAAAUUGGUAAAGAACACUGGUAUGCACUGUGCACUGUACAGUAUAUUACACCAUAUGUGUAAUAAAUUGAUAAUAUAACUCUCUGAAAUUUGUGUUCAUUUUGUUUUGGUGUACAUCUGCAACAUAAGAGACAUAUGCUUUACAUCCAUCAAAUGCUGUGUGUCUGUGGAAGAACAAGCUGUUAUUACUGCACCACACAGGAUUUCUAAUAACAUCUUAGUAAUUACUGUAUGUAGUCCAUAAAAUGUCCAAUACUGCCUGAAAAAUUCACGUCUUCAACUAGCUUGUUUUGUCUGACCAACAGUUCAAAACCCAAUCAUAAUAACAAGCUCAAGUGUUUGCUGUGAAUUUUUACCACAUAAGUGACUUGAACAUUUAAUUA